UCUAAUUCUCUAUCCUCUUUCUUUUCAAUUAAUUUCUUCCAUUUUCAUUUUCAUCUUCCUCACAAUCCAUUCAUUCAUAUCAACCUUUCUUCCUUGUUUCUCUGCAACAAUUCUUCUCUGAAAUUCUCAAAUCUCAAAAAAGUUAGAGAGAGAACACAACACCAACACCACUCACAGCAAUAAUUUUCACUUUUUUCUUCUCUCUCUCUUUCUCUCUCUCUAUUGCCAGCUCUGCAACCUUGUCCUUCUGCCCCAUCCAUACCCUGUUGCCAUUUCCACCUUUUCUCUGUCAAAUACACAAACCAUAAUCAUCAUCAUCACAAGCUGAGAUCUCUCAGAUAGCUUCGCAGAUUUUGGAAUACUGGAAAGAAAUUGAAAAUUGGGAAUGCUGAACCCGUUUUGGCUAUUAAUGACUUGGAUUUGGGACAUUUUAAAUGGUGGAGAAAGCGUUGGAUGAGCAAUCAUUUGCUGAACUCUUUGCAGCAAUUUACAUUUAGAGAGCACUUCAACCUGUGGAUUACUUUGGAAUUUGUAGAACGUGUUUGCUGAAAAGACAGUAUUUUAGACAGAAAUUUCAGCUAUGUCUAACGCUGCAAAAGUUUUGGAUCCAGCAUUCCAGGGAGUAGGCCAAAGAGUAGGGACUGAAAUAUGGAGAAUUGAGAAUUUUCAGCCAGUUCCAUUGCCCAAAUCUGAACAUGGGAAAUUCUACAUGGGAGAUUCUUACAUCAUCUUACAGACAACACAAGGCAAAGGGGGCAGUUAUCUUUUUGAUAUUCACUUCUGGAUUGGCAAGGAUACAAGUCAGGAUGAAGCUGGCACUGCAGCCAUUAAAACUGUUGAACUUGAUGCAUCUCUUGGAGGACGUGCUGUUCAGCACAGGGAAAUCCAAGGGCAUGAAUCUGACAAGUUUUUGUCAUACUUUAAGCCAUGUAUUAUACCAUUAGAGGGGGGUGUCGCCUCUGGUUUUAAAACACCUGAAGAAGAGGAGUUUGAAACACGUUUGUAUGUAUGCAAGGGAAAACGAGUUGUCAGAAUAAAACAGGUCCCUUUCGCACGGUCUUCACUGAAUCACGAUGAUGUAUUCAUCCUAGAUACUCAGGAUAAGAUUUACCAAUUCAAUGGUGCAAAUUCCAAUAUUCAGGAAAGAGCCAAGGCCUUGGAAGUUAUUCAGUUAUUGAAGGAAAAGUAUCAUGAAGGGAAAUGCGACGUUGCAAUUGUUGAUGAUGGCAAGUUGGAUACUGAGUCAGACUCAGGUGAAUUUUGGGUCCUCUUUGGUGGUUUUGCUCCCAUUGGUAAGAAGGUAAUCAGUGAGGAUGAUAUUGUUCCAGAGACCAUUCCUGCUCAACUUUAUAGUAUUGCUGAUGGUGAUGUCAAGUCUGUGGAAGGUGAACUUUCUAAGUCACUACUGGAGAACAGCAAAUGCUAUUUACUGGACUGUGGUGCUGAGGUAUAUGUCUGGGUUGGCCGGGUAACACAAGUUGAAGAACGAAAAGCAGCUUGUCAAGCAGCUGAGGACUAUGUUGCAAGUCAAAAAAGGCCAAAGUCUACAAGGAUAACCCGGGUUAUCCAAGGUUAUGAGCCACAUUCAUUUAAGUCCAACUUUGAUUCUUGGCCAUCAGGAUCUGCUACUACCGGUGCUGAGGAAGGAAGAGGAAAAGUUGCAGCUAUGCUGAAGCAACAAGGUAUGGGACUCAAAGGAGUGGCAAAAAGUGCCCCAGUUAAUGAGGAAGUUCCACCAUUGCUUGAAGGAGGUGGAAAAAUGGAGGUAUGGCUAAUCAAUGGAAGUGCUAAGACUCCAUUACCUAAAGAGGAUAUUGGUAAAUUUUAUAGUGGAGAUUGUUACAUAGUACUGUACACUUAUCACUCCGGCGAGAGGAAGGAAGACUACUUCUUGUGCUGUUGGUUUGGCAAAAACAGCAUUGAGGAGGACCAAAAAAUGGCUACUCGGUUGGCUAAUACAAUGUUCAACUCAUUAAAGGGUAGACCUGUUCAGGGUCGCAUAUUUGAAGGUAAAGAGCCACCUCAGUUUGUUGCUAUUUUCCAACCUAUGGUGAUCCUCAAGGGAGGUUUGAGCUCUGGUUACAAAAAAUUAAUAGCAGAUAAAGGUUUGCCAGAUGAGACAUACACAGCAGAGAGUAUUGCACUUAUUCGUAUUUCCGGAACAUCCAUUCAUAAUAAUAAAGCAGUGCAAGUUGAUGCAGUGGCGGCAUCAUUGAAUUCUACUGAGUGUUUUCUCUUACAAUCUGGCUCAACAGUUUUCACUUGGCAUGGCAAUCAAAGUUCCUUUGAGCAGCAGCAGCUUGCGGCAAAAGUUGCUGAGUUUUUAAGGCCAGGAAUUGCUUUAAAGCAUGCAAAAGAAGGGACAGAAACCUCCGCAUUCUGGUUUGCUGUUGGAGGAAAACAAAGUCACACCAGCAAAAAAGCCACUAAUGACAUUGUCAGAGACCCACAUUUAUUCACUUUCUCAUUUAAUAGAGGAAAGUUACAGGAAGAGGAGGUUUACAACUUUUCCCAGGAUGAUUUGUUAACAGAGGACAUCCUAAUACUUGACACGCAUGCUGAAGUGUUUGUUUGGAUCGGUCAGUCUGUGGACACUAAAGAAAAGCAAAAUGCUUUUGAAAUUGCCCAGAAAUACAUUGAUAAGGCUACAUCUCUGGAAGGGCUUUCUCCUCAUGUACCUCUGUAUAAAGUAACAGAAGGGAAUGAACCUUGCUUUUUCACAACAUACUUUUCUUGGGAUCAUGCAAAAGCUACGGUUCAGGGGAACUCAUUCCAGAAAAAGGUGGCAUUAUUCUUUGGGUUUGGCCAUUCUGUUGAGGAAAAGACUAAAGGACCAAGUCAAGGGGGACCAAGACAAAGAGCAGAAGCUUUGGCUGCCUUAACUAAUGCGUUCAAUUCAUCUCCUGAGUCACCAUCCAGUGCGGAUAAAUUGAAUGGCUUUAAUCAAGGAGGACCUAGACAAAGGGCAGAAGCUUUAGCCGCCUUAAACUCCGCAUUUAAUUCAACAUCCGGAACUAAACCUAUUACUCCUAGGUCAUCAGCAAGAGGUCAAGGAUCACAACGAGCAGCAGCUGUAGCUGCUCUAUCUCAAGUUCUCACUGCUGAAAAAAAGAAACAUUCACCUGACACGUCUCCGAUGGCAAGCAGUAGUCCUGUUGUGGGAAGUAGCACUCCUGCUGAUGCUAAAAGUGAAAGUGCCCAUUCUGAAGAAGCUCUUGAAGAAGAAGCCAAGGAGAGAGAGGAACUUGCCCCUGAAACAGGUAGCAAUGGGGAUUCAGAACCGAAACAGGAAAAUGUGGAGGAUGAAAAUGAUAGUCAAAAUAGUCAGAGAUUCUUCAGUUAUGAGAAAUUAAAGGCUAAAUCUGAGUUGUCUGGAGUUGAUCUUAAACGGAGAGAGGCCUAUCUGUCAGAAAAAGAAUUCGAAACUGUAUUUGGAAUGACAAAAGAAGCAUUCUCGAAGUUACCAAGAUGGAAGCAAGACAUGCUGAAAAGGAAAGUUGAUUUGUUCUAGAGACUCAAAACCAAUGAGUGGCAUGCAUGCUAUGUUGCAUCCUAAUAUAUCUUUCGUCAGUUAUCUUGAAAUGCACUUAUCUAUUGGAUAGUGUGGUUUUAUUGGUAUAUAGUACCAUCUUUGGAUUCAUAUGCAUAGCACUUUGCUUUUGGCCUAUGAUGAAAGUAGCUGUGGUUAGUGUUUGAAGUUUGAAUUUGACCCUGGAGAGUGUUUUUUAGUUUCUCCUUUUUAAAUUGAUGCGGUCUCUUCCUCUUGUAAUGUUCACAUAUAGUGUAGCAAUGAAGACAGUUGAGUGCUGGUUCAAUUCUUUCAUUGUGUCAAGUUUGUAUUUUAAAGUUGUUUCCUUUUGUUGCUAUUGGUUAAGGAGGUGGGGUGUAUAUGUAUUGCAUGUGAUACUGAAUCUCAAUAUGAAAAGAAUGAAAAUUUGUUUGUUUGUUA